AUGCUUGUCGGCCUCCCCCUCGUCACUCAACGGACUGAUCAGUUGUUGGGGCUCAUGUGAGUUGAUCUCAGCCUCGUGGGCGUCGCGGUGAGGUGGCGUCCCAUGCUGGUCACAUGACCCCCGGCCGGCUUCUCUCCCACUUUCUGCCGAACUCGGCUGUCGGCCACGCGUCACUUUGCUCGACUGUCCUGAUGGCCUUGUCCGCACUGACUCGAGCCUUGUGGGUGGCGCCUGAUAGGCGGGAUGCAGAUCUAUGGCUCUGUUGAGUGUGCCAGUCGAGGACCAACUUUCGAGCAUCAGUCUGGCCAUCUUAUCAUUGGCUCGGCCGAUUACCCUUGCCUUUUCAAAGGCGAAAUUGUGGUUCUGCUGUUUGACGUGGCCAUAAACCAUAGACAGCUUGUCCUUGCGGUUGAUUGCAAGCUGGUGCUCAUGCAAUCUUGUGCCAAGACGUUUGCCCGUUUCACCAACAUACCUUGCAUCACAGUUUUGGCAUGUUAUGCUGUAGACCACCGCUGAUUGUUCUGUCACCGGUAGCGGGUCUUUGGGCCUCAUUAUUUGCUGUCUGAUUGCUGACUCUGGCUUGUGAGCCACUACGAUCCCGAAAGGCUUCAGGAUUCUUGCCGUCGCCUCUGACACGUUUUUCACAUAAGGGAUUGUGAGCCAAAAUUUCGGGUUUUCUCCUUCCGACCGCUCAGGGUGGGGCUUCUUCAGACACUUGCGUAUGAAAGACUUGGGAUAACAUGUUUUCUAUGUAAUAUAAUUGAAUUUGCUCGCGCAUCGGAAAUCAAUGAGAAAACUGCAUGCUUCAUGAGUAGCCAUUUUUUACAGAGUAUAGAUUUUUGCAUACAGCCGGAAGGAAGUUCGUUCGAACUGAUUAGUUUUUCAACGCAGCUUAAUCCUGGAACGAAAACGCAUUUCGUAUUUUAGGCUGAUAUUUCGUGAGUUUGCCCACCUACUGUACGUCUAGGUGCGGAUUUUCACCCCGUAGGAUUCCGGUUAUAUUUGCUGCCGACCGAGGGCAUAUUGGUAUUCCUCACGCGUUUUUUGCCAACUUUUAAUGUCGAUUCGGCGGCAUCGUCGAGAUCAGGCAAGGAAACCAAACAACUUCAACUUGAUCGUGUGUUUUUUGUCUGCUUUUGUUUUCUGCCACAGGAACCCCGAUCGGUCGGCAUUUUGGCAUCGUCGCAGCUUCUCCUCUGACGCGCCCAGCGCUGGUGGUUCCUGGCUCCUGCGUCUCUGCUGGUCCGCAGAUGGCAGUGUUCUCUCCGGCCUUUCCGAUCGUCUCUGCGUUUGGCCAUUCGCCCGCUCCGAGACUGGCCAAUCGCGUCCCCAUGUCGCCGGCGGCGCAGUCACUGCCGGCUCUCGGCCCGCUAUGAUGCAGUCGUCAGUUAAGUCAGCUUCCGGCGAGCCCUCCCAACUGGAGCUCUUUCGCUGUCGUGUCCUGCAGGUCUUUGACUCACCCGGCCACGCAGACUACCAUGGCUGUCCGCUGCGAAGUCGACUUUUUGUAGGCAGAGUGUCAAGUCUGGAAACGGGACAGCGUCUUCUGCCCACACUGGUUACCAUUGACAGCUCCUCCGGUGAUCUUCUCGUCUUCGAUCCCAUCGAGAUGCUCUUGACUACUAGGCGUCCAAUUUCACCCCCAACCUGA